GUUCGCUCUUGUGCACGUGCUGGGGCUCGAGCCGGAGCUCGGCCAGCCUGUCCCAUGGCAGCCCGCGUGGGCAUCGUCGCUGCUCGGCGUCCCGGUGUGCUGCUGGGCUCCUGAGCAGCGGCAGCAACGGGGCGACCGCAUGGACCCUUGGGGACCGGGGCGACGGGCCCGCCAGUGCCUCGGUCGCGGACACCAUGGCCGACGACGAACCGGCACGCGUGCGUGCGGUCGCGUCGGCUCCGUCGGGACGCCGGCGACGGUCGCGGCGCGACAUCCACCAGGAUGAUUUGUUGGAAGAUUCCUCGAGCAUGGGUGAGAAAGGAAACACACAGACGAGCUUCCGGGGCGUGCGGAGCAGCAAGUUCCGCCACGUGUUCGGCAGCCCGGCGCGCAAGGGCCAGUGCUACGAGUGCGUCAAGAUCACCAAGGACGCGCACGACAGCCACUUCUGCGCCGUCAACCCCAAAUUCAUCGCCGUCGUCACCGAGACAGCCGGCGGAGGGUCCUUCCUCGUGCUGCCCGUCGAACACACUGGCAGGGUAGAGGUAUCUGCUGGCAAGGUAACAGGCCACAAAGGUCCGGUGCUGGACCUCAAAUGGAACCCCUUCAACGACAACGUCAUCGCCUCCUGCUCAGACGACUGCACAGUCAAGAUCUGGUACAUUCCCGAGGAAGGCCUACCUCGCAACUCGAACCUGGUGGAGCCGCUGGUGGACCUGCGGGGACACCGGAGGCGCGUCGGCUACGUCGAGUGGCACCCGACCGCCGAGAACAUCCUGCUCAGCGCCGGAUUCGACCACAUGAUCCUCGUUUGGGAUGUGAGCCACGGUGAAGUGGUGCGCACCAUCGACUGCCACCCAGACUCGAUCCACUCCAUGUCAUUCAACCGCGACGGCAGCUUGCUGGCGACGACUUGCAAGGACAAGAAACUUCGAAUCAUCGACCCCAGGGCAGGCAGCGUUGUUCGGGAAGGUGUCUGUCACCAGGGUUCCAAGGCAUCUAAGGUGGUCUUUCUUGGUGACACGGGCCGCCUCUUUACGACCGGCUUCUCUCGAUUCAGCGACAGGCAAUGGGCAGUCUGGUCUCAGCAUGAUCUGUCCAAGCCUCUUCGCACAGAGAACAUCGAUUCCUCAUCAGGUGUCCUGUUUCCAUACUAUGACCACGACACAAAGAUGGUCUACAUUGCUGGCAAGGGUGACGGUAACAUCCGCUACUAUGAGCUGGUGAACGAGGCCCCCUGGUGCCACUACUUGAACCAGUUCCUGACCGGCUGUCCCCAGAGAGGGCUGGGCUGCAUGCCCAAGCGAGGCCUCGACGUACGCAGCUGCGAGGUCUUCCGCUUCUACAAGCUGCACGCCACCCGUGGGCUGUGCGAGCCUAUCUCCAUGAUAGUGCCCCGAAAGUCGGAACAGUUCCAAGACGACCUCUUCCCAGACACAGCAGCACCGACACCAGCCUUAACAGCAGCGGAGUGGCUGAGUGGAAAGAACAGGAACCCAAUAUUGAUUUCAAUGAAGACUGGUGCAGGUGCCCGCACCCACAAGCCGGUGAUGUACAACUCGGAACGAAACCUUGUCACAGCCGACAGAAACAACGAGCGAAAGUUCAUGUUCAUCUCUCAAACGAACAACGUGGACUACCGAGAGAAAGCAAACCAUGCCAACAACAACAAUAACAACCACCACGAAAAGAACAACCACGACUCGCCACAACACAACAACAAUGCAGUCAAUGGGAACUCUGGCCAACACCCGCACGGGACGGUGAUCGGCGGUGGUGGGCCAGCCCCGCUGAAGCGGCCCCAGGGUCAGCACUUUGGCUGGCGUCACGUAAGCGCACCACGGCCGCAGCCGGAGCCGCACCAGCCCGUCUGCGACGUGGUCUCGAGCCACACCCUGCCAGUGGCCACAUUCGUCACCAUCCAGGACCAUGACAGCAGCUCUAGCGAGCCCGAGUUGGACGGCGAAGUACCCCAGUCUGAGGAGGAGCUGCGCAAGGCCUUCAGGAACCAAAGUGCAGAGCUGCGGCGACUGCGAAGCCAGCUGGCCAGCAAGGAAAAGAAGAUCCAAGAACUGGAGAGCCAGCUCCAAUUACAGGCACACAAUGGCGGCUGCUAGGAGGCAUCCGCCUACCAGGCCACGCGGCAACGCCACUUGCGUGCAGAAGACUGUACAAAGCCCACUAUCUCGGAAGCAGUUUCUCACAGAAAGCUAAAACGCUGCCCACUCGCCCUUUGCAGGAUGCAUCCCUCGCAAACACAGGCCUUAGCUGCAACAAGCUGUGCAAGGCUCUCGUGCAGGGAAGUACCGCUUGCGCUUCGAGAUGUACGCGUACGUGGGGCAAGAUAUCACCUUUUAGACUGCAGCGCUUGUUCUUGCCCAAUGCUGGAUGGCAAAUACACUCAUACAAGCCUACUUGCAAUGUUUGGCUCGCAUAUGUGCAAUCUACUCAUGCUGUAAAGGGCUAAUGUUGAAACUUAAGUGAGCUGGUACAGCGCCUUGGUGAGAGAUAGUGCAAAAACCACUUAACACACAAGAGGCCCACAUAGGUCCAAAUUUUGUUUGUGCAUGCCUGUGAACAUGCUGAACUGUUUGUGUACUGUAUUUUCUGUGCUACCAUUCAAGACGCCAGUGUAAAGUCUCUGAUGUGCGUUGCACAAGGGCAAAUUCGUGUCAUGGAAAGUAGGCAUGCAAAUAAAUUAGAAAUGCUGUUUGAAUGUUUAGAGGCACUAGUGAACACUUGAAAUAAAACUAUGAACAUAACUCAAACUAUACACUUUAUAGGAGAAAAAGUUCAAGUGGUUAAAACUUAACUGCAACAUUGUUACUGCAGCUCUGCAUAUACCAAGCUACUGUAUUUUGUCAAUAUUCCACUUUUGUCGUGGUGUACAGUUGUGUGUGCCAGUAUUGUUUUGUAUAAACAUGUUAAUGCUAAGUCAGCAGUGCUGUUAAGAGCUGCACGAAAUGUGCUCGAUGGUUGAUUUUUUUUUUUUUUUUAUCCUUCAGCAGACCAAGGUCUAUUAUGAAAUUUCUAUGCAACUUCCUUUGGCUUGGCAAAUAAAAGCUUCUCCAAAUGG